AUGAGAAUUGAUCAUUCAACCUUCCUCCAUGGACUGGAUACAAGUUAUUUCUGUGUUGUAACAGCAGUGCCAGUGGCUCCAGUCAACGUAUCGGUAAGUCAGCUGAGAUCAGACUCCGCCCUCAUCAUCUGGAGUGUACCACAGGGAGACAUUGUCAUCGGAUACGUCAUCUCACAACAGAGGCAGGACGGGCUGAUGCAGCGCUCCAUUCGGGAGGUGAACUCGUCAAGUCGAGCGUGUGUGUUGUGGGACCUGGAUGAAGACACACACUACAGCGUACAGGUCCAGUCCAUAGGUCUUCAGGGAGACAGCCAGCCCAGUCACACUGUCCACUUCAGGACCCUGGAGAAGACUGAUCACUACCCUAUAGGAAGCAUAGACGAUGACCCGACCAUGGAAGGGAUGGAUCUGACCCCUAACCUGCAGACUGGAGAACUACUCAUCGUCACCACUGUACUGCUACUCUGGGCAGCGGUAAUAGCUCUGUUCUGUCGUCAGUAUGACAUCAUCAAGGACAAUGACUACAAGGACAAACCCAAACGCCCCUAUGUUCGGACCGAACCAUCUUACUACAGCACCAGCGUCUCGGCUCAGAGCACGCCACUCUACUACAACGGGGGGGUGCAAGGCAGCAAGUUCCACAGGACCUCCUCUUCCUCUUCCAUCAUCAGAGUGUGACAGGAUCUCCUCAUCUUCCUCCAUCAUCAGUCUGUGACAGGACCUCCUCCAUCAUCAGAGUGUGACAGGAUCUCCUCAUCUUCCUCCAUCAUCAGUCUGUGACAGGACCUCCUCCAUCAUCAGUCUGUGACAGGACCUCCUCCUCCUCCAUCAUCAGUCUGUGACAGGACCUCCUCCUCCUCCAUCAUCAGUCUGUGACAGGACCUCCUCCUCCUCCAUCAUCAGUCUGUGACAGGACCUCCUCCUCUUCCUCCAUCAUCAGUCUGUGACAGGACCUCCUCCUCUUCCUCCAUCAUCAGACUGUGACAGGAUCUCCUCCUCUUGCUCCAUCAUCAGUCUGUGACAGGAUCUCCUCCUCUUGCUCCAUCAUCAGUCUGUGACAGGAUCUCCUCCUCUUGCUCCAUCAUCAGUCUGUGACAGGACCCCCUCCUCCUCCAUCAUCAGUCUGUGACAGGACCUCCUCCUCUUGCUCCAUCAUCAGUCUGUGACAGGACCUCCUCCUCUUGCUCCAUCAUCAGUCUGUGACAGGACCUCCUCCUCUUGCUCCAUCAUCAGUCUGUGACAGGACCUCCUCCUCUUGCUCCAUCAUCAGUCUGUGACAGGACCUCCUCCUCCUCCAUCAUCAGUCUGUGACAGGACCUCCUCCUCUUGCUCCAUCAUCAGUCUGUGACAGGAUCUCCUCCUCUUGCUCCAUCAUCAGUCUGUGACAGGAUCUCCUCCUCUUCCUCCAUCAUCAGAGUGUGACAGGAUCUCCUCCUCCUCCUCCUCCAUCAUCAGUCUGUGACAGGACCUCCUCCUCCUCCUCCAUCAUC